GCUAGUGGUUUGACAAUUGACAUUUGUUUGUCUCUGGUUGACAGAACUGAAUUUUGGUGAAAUUCGAGAAUUGAUCAACAAUUAUCUUUCACCAAUGGGCCAAAACAGCAGGCUUUUACAGUAUAAAAUAUAAUUACUUACAACAACUGCAUCAAUUAUUCAUUGUUGAUUUGCGCUUCGCAUGAAAUUAAAACAAGAUGUUGGUGCGGAACUUAACAAGAUCACUCUGGAAUACUCUCCGAUUGGAGAAGAGGUUUUUAGCUACAGAACCUGUUAAGCCUCAGCCAGAUGAUAAAGAUGGAUUGGAUCCAUUACAGGCUGAAGCACUUGACAAAGAUAUAUGCUUGCUAGUAGACGAAAAAGACAAUUUCAUUGGAACAGCUACAAAAAGAGAGUGCCACAAAGUUGGGACUGACGGAAAUGUCUUGCUGCACAGAGCUUUUAGUGUGUUCUUAUUCAACAAGAGGGGAGACAUGCUUCUGCAGAGGAGAGCUAGCCAAAAAGUGACAUAUCCAGAUUAUUACACAAACGCGUGCUGCAGUCAUCCACUGUAUAUAAAUGAGCAACCCGAAGACGUUAUUACGGCAGCUAGGCGCAGGCUUAACUAUGAACUCGGCAUACCUCUUGACCAGAUGGAUCCGGAGCAGUUCAUGUUCAUGACGCGCGUGCACUACCACGACCCCGGCGACGGCGUGUGGGGAGAGCACGAGAUCGACCACAUCCUGUUCUUCCAGAGCGACGUCAAAGUGAAGCCCAACUCUGACGAGAUCUCUGAGUACUGCUUCGUGCCCAAGGCAGAGUUUAAUGCGUACCUACCAACAUUAGAGGGACCGAUAACACCGUGGUUCAACAUGAUCCGCCGUCAUCGACUCAAACUUUGGUGGGACAAUUUGCAUCGCCUGAAGGAGCUUGCGGAACCCGAAAAAAUACAAAAGUUUAUCGAUAAAUAGUUAUGACGAUUGCCUUGAAACAUAAAUAUUGUUUGUUAUUUAUUUUAAGCAAUUAAAUCAUAAAAUUUCAUUUUCCGAAACUUAAAUAUGCACUGAUUCACAUUAAAGUAAUUAGUUUGUUUAUGGUC